AUGACUAUCGUGAAAUUAAGCAACGACGACGGCGCCCACUAUGAAAAAAAGUCCGUGACUUGUACAGAUAUUUUGAUCAUUGGGACUGGUCCCGCUGGUGCCUCUUUGGCAUGUUUUCUCGCUUCUUAUGGUAUCCGCGGAUUAAUGGUCAGUGCAUCGCCAACAAAUGCAGACACUCCAAGAGCACACAUCACAAACAUGGCUGCUAUGGAGUGUCUCCGAGACAUCGGGCUUGACGUUGAAUGCAACCGACUCGCGACCAGUGGCAUGAACAUGAUGCAUACAAGAUGGGCAUACAGCAUGGCUGGAGAGGAAUAUGCACGUAUUCAUUCGUGGGGGCAUGAUCCCAAGCGUAAGGGUGACUACGAGACGGCCAGUCCUUGCGACCCAGUCGACCUCCCCCAAACCCUCCUUGAGCCCAUCCUCGUCCGACACGCUACUCUCAAUGGUUUCAGUUGCCGAUUUGACACUACCUUUGUCAGCUGUUCGCAAGAUAACGAGGGGAUAACCUCCAUUCUUCGCGACAACAUUACAGGGUCAGAAUACAAGAUUCGCUCGAAGUACCUCUUUGGUGCAGAUGGUGCUCGAAGCGAGGUCUUUCGACAAGCCGGACUUGAGUUAAAUGUCAGUCCCGACCAGGGAUUAGCUUAUAAUGUUCACCUUAAGGCCGACCUAUCGAGAUACAUGCAAUACCGCACAGGAAAUCUUCACUGGCUGUUACAACCAGAUAGGGAGCAUCCUCUCUUUGGUUGGGCUUGCAUUGCUCGUAUGGUAAAGCCUUGGGAUGAAUGGUUAUUCAUCGUUCUUCCGGAGCGUGGAAAAGAACUCGACUUUGAGCCUACAAAUGAGCAGUGGCUCGGUCGGAUGAAAGAAUUUAUUGGUGAUGACUCGAUUGACACCGAGAUCUUGGGUGUAUCGAAAUGGCGUAUUAAUGAUGUUGUGGCAGAGACUUUUUCCAAUGGUCGAGUAUUUUGUCUCGGCGAUGCAGUUCACCGGCACCCUCCUUCCAAUGGACUCGGAUCCAAUACAUGCCAAGCAUCCCCUUCUAUCCUCGAAACAUACUCCACAGAACGCCAGCCUGUUGGCCGAGGAGUGGUCACGCGGGCCAACUCAUCAUUCCGCCACCAUGGCCCCGUCUGGGAAGCACUCGGCGUAACACUGCCUACAACUGAGCUCAGAAUCGGAGCACUUAAUGAAUUAACCCAUUCUACUUCCGAUGGUCGCGCACGUCGAGCUGCUCUUCAAGCUGCGAUCGAAGAAACAGAGCACGAAUAUCACGCUCUCGGCACAGAGAUGGGUCAAUUUUAUCAAAGUACUGCCGUAUAUACUGUUGACGAAUCUUCCUCCUUCUAUUCUCCUGAGGUGGUCGCCGAAGAUCUCGAUCUUACAUUGAUCCGAAGCACCUACCCCGGAUGCCGCAUGCCUCACGUCUGGUUGAAUAACGCUGUUCCUAUUAAGCGAAUCUCGACUAUUGAUCUGGCGGGGCAUGGUAGUUUUGCCUUAUUGACCGGAAUCGGAGGCAAGGCUUGGAAGGAAGCAGCAUCUCAGGUUGGCAAGCAGCUCGGUGUAUCCAUCAACGCUUAUUCUAUCGGCUUCCGUCAGGACUUCGAAGAUGUCUAUUUUGAUUGGGCACGGGUUCGCAAUGUAGAUGAGACUGGAUGUGUUCUUGUUCGCCCUGAUCGCUUUGUUUCUUGGAGAUGCAAUAAAAUCCCGGAUGACGAGAGACAGUGUGUUGAGAAAUUGCGAGAGGUUAUGCUGAGUAUUCUUGGGCGUUCCUAG